AUGGUCAUCGUUGCCCGCCUAACGAAGAUGCGUCAUUCCUUGCACAAAAAAUAUUACCGCGGAGGAUGCGGCCCUCCUAUUCGUCCAGAAAGUGUGGAAACUUCAUGGCUUGUCGGAGACGACUAUUUCGGACCGGGGACCUCAGUCGGCGAGCCGCUUCUGGAAUCGGCUUUGCAAAGCGUUGAAAUCAAGGCCAAUAUGUCAACGGCGGAUCAUACUCAAACUGAUGGACAGACGAAGAAAAUGAAUGAGAUUCUGGAGGCUUAUUUGCCCACCGGUCUCACCCCGUUCUUCGCCAAUUCUGGUUAUCAUGCGCGUCUUGGUUGGGAGGCCGAUGGGCGCCUGGAAUACCAAUACAGUUGGAUGAGUGCCAGGCUGAUGCUUUUGCGGCACGUUAUACGGAUUUACGGGAUCGUUUACGGGAAGAGCUUAAGUCCGCUCAAACUGUUUGUACUGAGCAGGCUAAUCGUCGUCGUCGCCCAGCUCCUCGCUUCACAGUUGGUGACAGGGUCCUCUUACUGGAAAUCCGGAUAA